AAACAAUGAUGAGGCUGUGGGAGGGGGAGAGGAUGGUGAAACAAGCUUCAUGCUGACAAGAGCGACGUUCACAUUCGUGCUUCCUCAGUAUGUUUUUGAAGGCGACUGUCCCCUGUCCUUGUCUGUACACAAGCAUUGCUAGAUGAUUGCUGACCACAGGCUGCGGCUGGCGAGGACGCGGACACAAGGGACGCUACUCUCAUGGCGGAAUGUGGCGAGUGUCAGCGCAAGGUGUCCGCACACUAGACACACACACCACAAGUCUCCUCGCCUUCACACCUUUGUAUACAGGCAUUUGCAGUCGGAGCUGAAGAUGAUUCGUACGAUUCGUUUUACUGGCUUUAUCGGGGGAGCGAUUUGCGGAGUGUGCCUUGCGAAAGUAAGCGCUAAAGCGGACCUUGACUCGGCCACUGUUAGUCCUAUGGAGUCAGACAAGCUGACACCCACAGCUGACUCAGCCAUUCAGAUACCACAACUAAAACUGAAACAAGUUCAAGUUUUCUUUCGCCACGGCGCGAGAACUCCUCUCCAUUUAACCCCAGGCAUAGAAGAGGUGAGCUAUCUACAAGGCACAGUACUGAAGGAUGUGCCACACACUGUGUUUAAAUAUGAAGUUGUUAUUCUACCUGACAUGGUUCCUAGCCAAGGGCACUCCUCUAUGGAAGAACAUUAUCAAAAACUUCAACUAAAGGGGGGAGGCUAUGCUGGAAAUCUGACUGCUUAUGGACAGGAGAUGAUGUACAGUUUUGGUAAAAGUUUGCGGACUUUUUAUGGGGACCAGCUGAAAUUUCUGCCGAAAGAGUACAAUGGCAAAGAUAUUUAUGUGCAGUCUACAAACAUUAACAGGACAGUUGUCUCUGCUCGCUGUGUACUGGCAGGGAUGUUUGGCAAACAGAGUCUGAACAAAAGUGGUCCUGUCCAAAUCAGAGUGUUAUCCUCCAUAGAUGAAAUCCUGUACCCAAACACAAGAGCUUGCAGUGUCUUACAGAAGGCAAAUCAUGCUGUAAUAUUCCACUUCGACAGGAUCCCAGGAAUCAAAGAAGACCUAGAAUUCAUCGAGAAAAUUCUUGGCUAUGACUCACAGGCUACAGGACAUAAACUGGACUUUGUGUCUUUGAGGGAUGACUUUGUGGCCAGGAUAACACAUGGAUAUUCCAUUCCAGAAAAUAUUGUUCCAUAUAUGAACAUGAUUGACAAGAAUGCCACAAAAAUUCUGUAUUAUGCCAUGUGUGGACAGCACGAGGCAGAACGCCCAGUCGUUACUCGCUUAGCUGUGGGACCAGCUCUACAAUCUGCACUCGAUGCCAUGAGCAGGUGUAUUCAGGGCCAAGAAACACCAAAAAUCUAUCUGUACUCCACCCAUGAUUCCACCAUGGUGGCACUGUUAGAGUCCACUGGCUUGUUCAAUUGGCAGUGGCCUCCAUUUGCUGCAGAUCUACGAUUCGAACUAUAUGAAGAUGACGACAAGCAACACUGGGUCAGGGUGCUGUACUGUGGAGAGGAGAAAGCUAUACGAGGGUGUAAUAAGCCUCUGUGCAAAUUUGAGGAUUUCAAACAGAGCUUGGUGCCAUACACAAUACAAAAGGCAGAGUAUAAGAAAUUGUGUAGCUCCCCUAUUCUGGAGCAGAUUGCUGCAUCACUUCUUCAGCAUGAUCAGGGAGAAGUGGAGACACCAGAAAUUAAGGAAUUAUCAGAGAUACCAGCUGGAAUGUGAAAGUCGUGUUAGAGGAGAACUUCUGCUUUUCAUUUCCUAAGUGGUGGAACUUGAAGGAAUCUCCUUGCCAUAUCUUCAUCCAUGUACUUGCUGAAUAUCCAGAAAAAUUAAUUGAUUAGUUGCCAGAUAUCACCUAAAGUUGACAAGACAUGAGCUCACUCAUACCCUGCAGAUAUUCCAUCCUGUGCUGUGCAGUAAUCUCAGAUUCAUUGUGUUGAGAGACAAAAUGUUCUGCAGUCUGCACUGUAUCAGUGUAUUGAACUUAAAGAAUUUUCACCUUUUAAUUAUUAUAUAUAAUUAUAAUAUAAUUAUUAUAUAUAACUGUUUAUUAUUUAUAGGCUUGAUUUUCUGCUUUUGUGCCUGUGGGCUACAAGCAGGUUUGCCAAAAGAUAAAUGUUACAAGGCCAAUGUCAAAACCAGCCCCUGCACUGUUAUUACUGAACUAUGUCUACAGUGUACAGUCAUGCCAAUUAUAGCCAAGAGAAUGUCUAUAUUAAAUAGUACAAAAAAGUGCUUCUAAAACUGAUAUGACAGUGCACUCUAGUGACAUUGUUUUUAGAAGUACUUUUCUUUACUAUUUAAGACUCAUUCUGGAUGUACUGUUCUGGGAGUGUAGUCACAAAGCAAUCAUAUCAUAUGUGUAUUUUUAUGCAAGUUGUUGCUGAACUUUGUCUUUCCACUUAGUUAUUCUGCUUAUUAUUACCAUUAUUCUGGCAUUAGUACUUGACCAUUGCUAUUGUUUAUAAGCGAAUAAACAAAUGACAAAGAAUUCAACUCUUUUUGAUAAGACAUCAGUCCUUUUUGUCAAAAAUGAUCUGAAGCUAAAUCAUUUUUAGUACUUUUUACAGUUACAUUUACAGUCUGUGUUUUGCACAUUUAUUUUUUACAUAGUCAUUUAUUUUACAAAUAUUGUCCAUGAUAUACACCUGUGCCUUAUAGGAUAUUGAAAAGAGAUUAAAUUAAAAAAAAAUGACUGUUAAUCACAGAUAUAUUAAAAUUUAAAGAAAUUUUAGGAGUACCAGGUGUUUUAGAUGAUAUUAAAUUUGUCACCUUGUAAAGGUACUGCUGAGCAAAACGUUUAUUUAAAUGCAUACCUUGUCUGUCCACUGUCAACAUGUUUCUCUAUGUACAGAUAUUUUACUGUCAUGCUUAAAUAGCAUUUUAUGUACUUGUUGUGAAUACCAUUCUUAUUAAUUUAAGACAUUUUACAAAUUAAUGCUUCAGUUAUGCAUAUCAUUUUUGAGACUAAAAAAACAAGAGUAUACAUUCUUGGUGUAGAUUAUUGAUAUAUCACAUAUGUGCUAAAUCAACAUAGACAAUGCAGAUGACGAUCAUUUUUUGGGUAGAUCUCUAGGACAUUUUAUGGGUAUGAUUGUUGUCACAUGCUAUGCGCCUUUCACUUUGUGGCUAAUUCUGCCCUUGCAUUUUGCUUUACUUAAACAUAAACAAUGUUUAGGCUGGUUGCAGGGCUAUGUGGUUUUAACAUUUUUUGUCAUAUGUCCAGUCAAUGUUUAGCUUGGUAAAAUUGAAGCAAAGCGGGCACAUUUUAAAGGAAAUUAUGGUUGGUAUUUGACAAAGGAAAUAGCUCUCGUACAUGAGGUGUCACGAGUACAAAUUGGACCAUUUAUAAUGCUUACAUAUGUGAUUUGUUCCAAUGCCUUAGUCUUGUAGUGCUAUGGCAACAUAAUAUUCUCUUUUUGGCAUGCCAUAAUGCUUGAGCCUGGGCAAUGACUUGUGGAAGAGUGUGGCCUCUGGUGAAGAGAUAAAAGGUACCUUUCAAACUGUAGAAUUUUGUGUCAAAAGAAUUGAGUAAUUUUUUUUCUUUCUUUAAAUAUCACAAGGCCAGAUUAGAAGAGCGUGGAGUGAAACACUUUUGUCCAGUUUCACUGUCACAUGACUAUGAUAUGAAUCUUAUGAAAACAGAAAUGCAUUUUACAAUUUGAUGGGUUCUUUAUUUUAUGAGCAGUAUCCCUGGUUUAAUUGUUCAGCAGAUUUUUAUUGAAUCAUUUUCUCAGCCAUUUGUUUUCAAUAAAAAUAAAUUAUUUUCUUUAUAAAA